AUGAAGAGUGUUACAGUGGUCGCUGUGCUACUAUCUGUGUUACUGACCCAGAAGAGUUGUGCAAUUACAAAUAAUGCUGACAAAAAGGUGUCACCUAAUGGAGGGGUUGAUCAAAGUGUAACCUUCUCCUCGUACGGUGAAGACCAGCUGAUAUUCAAAGAUUCCUCUUUUCAAUUACGAAAUGAUGGUUCUCAGAAAGUGCAGCAGCCGAUAAGGAGGAUCAGUGAUGAAAACAGUGCCUAUGAACUCUUCGAAGCUGGCUGGCGACCGCUGUACAGUUUCAAAUUCGAAAAUGGAAUGGAAAAGUUUGCAGAUCAAUUACCUCAGGAGGAUACGCUGCACCCAGCCGUUGAAACUAACUUUGUAACGAAAAAUACAAAGUAUCUGCGAUUCCUAGAAUCCGAUAUCAUGCCGUUGGCCGACCAGAUGAAACCUCAAAUUAGUGAAAAUAUGAUUAAACUUGGCAGUGAGUCUGAAUCAGAGGAAGAAUAUGACGAUAGCAGUGUGCAAAGUAGUGAAGAAAAUCUUUUCAUUGUCAAUACAACAGAUAUGCAUCCAAGAAUGUUUAAGUUCGAAGAAUCUGAUCGGAUGAAAUUUCCUUCCGAUUCACCGAAUAUGGUAAAACUGCCGAAUGAAGUUAGUACAGAAGAACCUGGUAAUGUAGAAGAAUCUCAACAGGCGAAUUAUGACGUAUUCGUAAUUGAAAAUCUUAUGAAAAAUACAUCCAGCUCGUUGCGGUUUGAAAAUGAUAAACAACAGAACGAUACAUCUAGUUCGAGUCAGCUGCAUAAUUUACCAGUUACUGGUGUCACUCGAACAAACUAUAACGACAGUCCUAGAAACUCUAGUAGGUUCUUUAGAUUUGAAGAGCCUAAAAUAUUUACUGAAAAACCGAGAGUCGAAAAAAGUCCGAUGAAUUCUUUCUAUUUCUACGACCACGACUCUCCUCGCAAUGAAUUUCGAUUUCCUACUAGUGAGGUAUCAGCGAAAAAAGAAAUACCACAUAAAAUGCCCGGAAAUGCAAUCAAGUUUCUGGAGACAGACAGUAGACCGCAAGGUAUUUCGUCGUCACAGAUGCGAUUCGAUGAUGACAAAACAAGACCACUAAAGUUUACGGACAAUACCCAAGUUCGACCGCAAAUUGAUAGUGAUCAAUUUUAUACAGUGAAAGCAACGAUUCAAAUCGGUAAUUGGGGAGGAUCCGCUGACAGUAUUACUCCACCUACAGUUUCCAAUCCAAUCGCUACACGAAUACCGAAAAAGAAAAAGGGUAAAAUUUAUAACCAACACAUGGUAGACAUUCGCAAGCAAGACGAAUUCAGUUAUCAACAGCCUCCUGAUUACGAUAACUAUCUGCAAAAUUCUCCACAAACUCAAACACCAAUCAAUCAAUAUCAGUCUAACCUUCCAAUUUCACCAACGCCACAAAUUCCAUCCAAUAAUCCAUACUAUCAAAACCUACCAAAUCCAGGAACCCCUUAUCCACCAUACGAUCCCAACAAUUACUACAUUCAGGAUUAUUUAACCAACUACCCGUAUCCGAAUCCUAACCAACAUCAACUGCAGGCCGACGGUUCUAGGCCUUAUCCCUCCUUGUAUCCUCAGUAUCCGAACGUUCCAACGAAUCUUAUCACAGGUGGACAAACCGACAGUCCAUUGAGUGCGCAAAGCAUUUUCGGAUUUCUUCAGAGCAUCUUCAAUUUCGCCCCUGGAACGUUUGGCAAUUUUCCGGCAAGCGGUAACCAUGACAGUGCUCAAUCACCAUCCACAUCGACGUCACAAACGGUGAACUCUCCAAUCAUGGCCGUAAGCACGCAACUACGAAAAGCACUGGAUAAUAUCUCCGGCAACGAUGACCUGCAGUGCGUUCCCAAACUAAUUUGCAUGAUGUCGCGACGAUCUAGUGGUCAGGGGUUUAGCACUUAUGUGAAUCGUGGUCUACUGAGCACAAUUCUAAGCGCAGUUCCUGAUAGCUCGCCGUGGCUUAAAUUUUCCCGAGCAGCCUUACUCGGUUACGGGAUCGGAGCUAACAGCUGCGACGUAUAUUAUCCCAAGUGUCCCAAGGAUGAGUCGGAGAUCAUUUAUUAUUUGAAUAAUCAUCGAGGUGGAUUCUUCCGUUUCUUCAACGACGAACACAACUCCGCGAGUAAAGGCUGA